GCUCGGCGGCGGCGGGGGCCGGAGGAGGCGGCGCGGCGGAGCCUCGGUGGCCUGGGACGCUCCUCCUAGGGAGGGCCGCCGCCCGCCUCCACCUGGAGCUCCCUCGCCCCGGCCGGGACCGGCCGCCACUUCCGGCGGUUCCUCUGGGACGCGCUCACCUGGGACGCGUUACCUGCCUCCGGGCACCUGGGCUGCAGGAUGAAGGACCGGCUGGAGCAGCUGAAGGCGAAGCAGCUGACACAGGAUGAUGAUGCCGACGAGGUGGAGAUCGCUAUUGACAACACAGCUUUCAUGGAUGAGUUCUUUUCUGAGAUUGAGGAGACUCGGCUCAACAUUGACAAGAUCUCAGAGCAUGUGGAGGAAGCAAAGAAACUCUACAGUAUCAUUCUCUCUGCACCAAUUCCAGAGCCAAAAACCAAGGAUGACCUUGAGCAGCUCACAACCGAGAUCAAGAAAAGGGCCAACAAUGUCCGGAACAAACUAAAGAGCAUGGAGAGGCAUAUUGAAGAAGAUGAAGUCCGCUCAUCAGCAGACCUUCGGAUUCGGAAAUCUCAGCACUCCGUCCUCUCUCGGAAGUUUGUGGAGGUGAUGACCAAGUACAAUGAGGCUCAGGUGGACUUUCGUGAACGCAGCAAAGGGCGAAUCCAGCGGCAGCUUGAAAUUACUGGCAAAAAGACAACAGAUGAGGAGCUGGAGGAGAUGCUAGAGAGUGGCAACCCUGCCAUCUUCACUUCUGGGAUCAUCGACUCGCAGAUUUCCAAGCAAGCCCUCAGUGAGAUCGAGGGGCGGCAUAAGGACAUUGUGAGGCUGGAGAGCAGCAUUAAAGAACUUCAUGACAUGUUUAUGGACAUCGCCAUGCUGGUGGAGAACCAGGGCGAGAUGUUAGAUAACAUAGAGUUGAAUGUCAUGCACACAGUGGACCAUGUGGAGAAGGCACGAGACGAAACUAAAAGAGCUGUGAAAUAUCAGGGUCAGGCCCGAAAGAACCUGAUUUCAUUCCAGCCUGGUGGGACCACCUUUAUCUUCAGAUGGGAAUGGAGUCUGAAUGGCCUUCCUGAGAGCAAAGGGAACCCAUUCCUUUGUUUCCUUGUAACCAUCCUUGGACCUGACUCAGCAAUCAAUCUAGCCCUGGAGGAAUCUAACCUUCCUGAUGCAACCCCAAGUUCUCCUCAAAACCAACUCCUGCCCCAGCAACUGAAGUACCUUUCCUCCUGGACCAUAUGAACUGACCCAGAUUUUUCCCUUCUGUGGUGUGUCAAAUUAUGCCUUGCACCUUGGAAAUCCCAUGUGAGACUAUCCCAAGGUGCUGCAUCUUCUACCUCAUGGAGUAUACUCCCAGAAAUUACAGUGUAUUUUUCUAGGGUAGUAUCUUUAACAAAGCAGAUGGAUUCUUCUAAAUUUGGCAACAAUAGGGUUUAGAUGGGAGACUUCUGCAUGGCAGGAUGCCAGUCCUGUCGGUCCUGAAAACAUGAGUGACUGGCAGAUGCCAUUUUGGUCCAAAAAGUUGACUUGCUUGAAAUUCAACUUCAAAUUAAGCUUUUAAUAAGAUCAACCUGGGGGCCAAUUUGGUCUUUCUCUAGGUUGUGUUCUCAUGUUUACUCAAAGCGGGACCAAGAUGAUAGUCAUCUGAGGUUGCCAUUUUCAAAGGCUGAGGAUUUGGAAUAUUUGUUUCCCUAUGAAUUUUGGAAACUGGCUUUUCACCUUUGGAGUGACUCUUUGUGAAGCUGUUGCCCUGAGGCCAAAAUUAACCAGGGAUUUAAAAUUGGGCUGGGGACAAGGUGCUAGAGUCUCAGACUCUGAAAAGGUUUCAUGAGGCUGAGUGUUCAGUCACUCAUGUGUUCAGGUGUAUUUUUAAAAGUGUGUAUGUGAGAUGCAUGUAUAUAUAUAUGUGUCUGUUUCUCAGGAAAUAGGAAACUAGAAAAGAAAGAUACUAUAACCUCAAAAAUUAAAAAAAAAAAAACUUUUUUGAGCUAGACUAAAAAUUAGAUAAGUUGCUUUUGUUUACCUGCAAAUGAAUCAUUGUAGAAAUAUGAUCAUCUUAUGUCAUCAACAAAGUUGUUUUCUAGAAGAGAACUGGGAGAAUCAAAUGAGAUAUUCAGACUGAGGACUGAGUUGAUUUCUGGUUUCUGUGCAGCAGGUACAGGUGUAAUGGUUUGACACCUCUCCCUAUCUGCUGCCUCCACUAGGCUUUCCCUGAGAACAUCCCACAGCAAUCCACAUGACCUAUGGGAUGUCCUGUCUUAGAUGGAGUUAGUUGGGAGAGACCGGAGACUACCUGCUACUGGGUGAAUGAGCUUGACAGGUUCUUUGUUUUCCCCAGUUCUUGUCACAGAGGAAGCAACAGCCAGGAAAUUUUCGUGUAGUGACUGCUAAGCUGUAGGUAGCCCCUUAGAUCCCUGUCAGUCUCCCUGAUUUUGGGUACUAGCUGUAUUUCAGCUUUGACAGUAAUGCUUUCUAAGGAAGAGAAAGCACCCUGAUCCAGACACUGCCUAUUAGCUUCCUGUGCAAAGGCUCCUCACUUCUCACUACCCAGCACUCAGACAGAGCCACAGGGAUGCCUUUCUCCCCAUGGCUAUGAUGUUAGAAGACAGGCUGUAAUCUCAGGCUUUUACUGUCAUCUGAGACUGAGGCCUGGGGCUUAAAGUUUGGAAUGCAACACAUGAAGGGUUUUUGUAUUUUUUAAAUGUAAAUUUGAUUAUUUUAUUGCUAAUUUAAAAAUAAAUGACUUUCUAAUGAUUGCAAAUCAGUUCUGUCUCUUAUCUCCCUGCAAACACUUGGUGAUCUGGUGCCACCAUGUGGUGGUUUCUGUUCAGGUUUUGGGACUCUGGUGGUUUAGAAAGUUCAAGUUUUUGAAAGUGGCUUCACUCCCAAAGAAUGCAGUGUAACUGCACUUGAGUUUCAGAGUUGAGGUCCUGCCCACAAAAGACUUUGUUCAUUCGUUCAGAGCACCUUGCUAUUUUUCUGUGAACACUCCGGGUUCCAGAAGCCAGAUCCAUCACUCUUCCCUUUUGCUGCUCCUUUUCCCUUUGUACCCUCCUCCAUGUUCAGAGGCACCAGUCUUCCUUUAGUCAGAACUAUCUCCUUCACAGUGAUGUCAUUGCUCAUGUGCUUUUUCUUUCCUUGUCUGGAUGAGCAGAAGAAGAUCAUGAUCAUGAUCUGCUGUGUUAUCCUUGUGAUCAUCUUGGCUUCCACCAUUGGGAGCAUAUUUUCCUGAAAAAGGUGAGCUGUCAUCGGGGAGGAGGGUCAGGUCUGCUUUCACUAAACACUCUUGUGUUCGGGAGCAUUCACUGUUUGUUGCCAGUUUCCCUAAUCUGUGUGUGAUGAGGUGCUAGAAUAGGUAAAGAGUAAACUAAGGAAAAGGAUGUUUCAGAUAAAAAUGAGUGGAGCUGGUAGCAGUCAGUGGGAGAGCAAGGAAGAAAGGAGGCAGAAAUCUGUCCCAUAACUGCACCUGGGAGCAGAAUGCUUUGUACAGGUCAAAUUGUUGAUUCCUGCUGUAAAAAUUGAGCCUUGGUGUCUGGGAAUGGCAGAAUGAGAAAGAAUUAGCUCUUGCAUUAGGUGGACCCUGAACUGGGGUUAGGAUAAGAUAGUAUAACCUUGUGAAUAUUGUCUUACCCCUACUGAAGAGGGAGUUAUUUGAAAAUAAAAUACCAUGCUCUACAAUCUAUGAUUUUCCCCCUCCAUUCUUCUGUUAUUUCCUUCUGCCCUCACAGAUGGAUCUUCGUGGCAUUUCCAAUCCUUCUCCCACCUUUGUGGGGUCAUCACUUCACUGCAGACUCCUCAUCAGCUACACCUCUUUCCAUUAGGCAACUUAUUAUGACACAAAGCAUCAAUCAACUACUUAUUACGUUAUGCAAAGGGAGAAUGUAUGCAAAUAUGGAAAUGGGAGGGGGAAGGAAUGAAGGAACAGAGGGCACAGCAAUAUGUAGUUGGUUAGGCAAAUGGUUUAAAGGAAGGGCCUGCAGGGUACAUCAAUAGGCAUAAUGGGUACCUGCUUAGGAGAUGACGACUGGAGCCCACACCAACAGGAUGGCUGUGGAGAGGCAGUUCCUGUAGCACACCCAGUUCAACAGGGUCUUCUGUGAACUAAGAUCAGCACAUCUGUUACUUCUGCUUUUAAGGCUCUUCUAGGUCUCACCCUUGACCAACUAUAUAUCUUCUUCCUUCUUCAGGGUCCAACAGUAGUCUUCAAAUUGGGAGGUACCAGGCCUUGUCUUGCUCACUGCUCUGUCCCCAGUGCUUAGCACAGUGCCUGCCACUCACAGGUGCUCAAAUAUCUGCUGACUCAGCGAUCUAUUAUUAAGUUGUGAUUCCACUCAUGGAUGAGUGCUUGGGAUUGACUCUUUAAAGGCAUCAAUGGGAACCUUUUAAAAUUUUUUUUACUUAUUUUUUUUAUUGUCAGAAGCUGUGAAAGCUGACAGCCACUGGGCUGAUACACUUAACAGCCCCCCCCCACCCCGUUUUUUUUUUGUGUGUGUGGGUGGGUGGUGAUGGUGGAGUCCUAUUAGUAGCCUCUUUCCGUAAAGAAGAUGGUUGGUUGCAGGAUGGCAGUUCACUAAUAGACCUCCAACAAAAGCAACAUGUUUAUAUCAAGACUGAACCUCCAACAGUCAACAUACCAUGCUCUGUAGUCCACACAAACAGGUGAAGUGUGAGGUAAGAAAGGAGGAGUAAGUGGUCGCUUGCUUUACUUCUUCGUGGUAUGUAUCGCAGGCUGAAACUGUUGGUUGGAAUGCACCAGCACAGAAGUGGUCCAGAGGCUGUGUCCAACUCAAGGUUGUUCUGUUCCCCUUUAAAAACUAUGUAUAUGUGAGUUCCAAUAUGAAUGAUUUACUUAGUGAUUACACUGCAAAAGGAUCACUAAAAAUUCAUAGUACAUGACUUGUUGAGGACCACCCAACUGUGCAGAUGUGCACUUCUGAAAGUCGGUGAUAAAUUCUUAUUUUCUUUUCUGGAGAUGUAAUUUUUUUAAGAAAAUGGGAUAAAAAUGACAUUUUUAUCAGUGUGCUUUCUAUUAAUUUUCAAAAGCAAAUGGUUUAACAUUUCUUGUAAUUUGUGUUUCCUUUAGUUUGAAUAGGGGCUAUAACUGGCUAGCUCUGAAAUAUGGAUUAAUCUUGUUAUAAACAGGGUGCUGGAACCGUGGGAAUUUGAAUCACAUGGGGUCCUCAUUCACCCAGCAGUGGUAAUUUGUGUGCCAGAUGGCAUAUGGCACUGUGCUAAUCCUGCAGAGACACAAAGAGCCUAACACUCCCCUCCUUGAGACCUCCAGACUAGGAGGCACCAUGUAAUUUCAACUUUUAAGUUCCUUUGCUAAAAGCUAUGUUCCUUGUCAUAUUGUCCAACAUCCCCUCUUUCCAGAUUCAAAGAAGAUGGGUAGAUGGCACCAAUAAAUAUCUCUUGAAUCCAUUAA